ACAGGAAGCAGGAGAUUGGAGACCUGGAGCUAAUCAAGUAUUCCCUUUGUUCCAUCAUAUUAGUCGCUUUGGCUUCCUACCCGCUACAACUGGACAUAAGUUAGGUCUAGAUACAUAAAACAUGUUAUGAAUCUAUAACCUUAACACACUGUCAAAACGAUGAGUAUAAUGGGACAGAGGGAGGGAGGGAGGGAGUAGUAGACCACCUUUUGUUGCUAGUAUAAUGGUGCAUGUACUUCAACGGAAGGAAGGUCUCAACUUUGCCCUCCCUUUGUGGACCACAGUCGAUUUCCUUAUGGUGUCCACAAUCAAGUGAUCAAACAAACGCUGGCACAAACGAAUCGGCCGAGCAAACUGCACAAACGAGUACUGAACUCUCCGCUCUCGUCUCGGUCCUUGUCCGUGAUGAAGCUCAUGAGGCUCGGCACGCGGCCGGACUCCUUCUUCACUUCCGGGCCCGUCAGGUCCGUCUACACGGAGGUGGCCACCGACCUGCAAAUCCAGGUGGAUCACUGCUUGUUUCGACUCCACAAGUUCCCUCUGCUCUCCAAAUGCCUGCUGCUACAGGCUCUGUGCGCGGGCUCCGACGCCGCCGAGCUGCCGGGCUUCCCGGGCGGCGCAGAGGCGUUCGAGGCCUGCGCCAAGUUCUGCUACGGCGUGGCCAUCACGGUCGGCGCGCACAACGUCGUGCCCCUGCGCUGCGCGGCGGCGCGCCUCGGCAUGACGGAGGCCGCCGACCGCGGCAACCUCGCCGCCAAGCUCGACGCGUUCCUCGCCUCCUGCCUCCUCCGCCGGUGGAAGGACGCGCUCGCCGUGCUCCGCUCCGCCGCCGGCCGCCACGCCGCCGAGUGCGAGGAGCUCGGCGUCACGUCCCGGUGCGUCGAGGCCGUCGCGACGCUCGUCGUCUCGGACCCCGGCGGCGGCGACGCCGCCGCCGCGCCGUCCAGCUCCGCGUCGCCGUGGUGGGCGCGCGACGUCUCCGACCUCGGCGUAGACCUCUUCUGGCGCGUCAUGGUGGCCGUCAAGGCGGCCGGCACCGUCAAGGGGAGAGCCGUCGGCGACGCGCUCAAGACCUACGCGCGCCGGUGGCUGCCGGCCGUUGCCAAGAGCGGGUACCUGGUGCUGGAGCAAACCGACAUCAGCACAGCCGAGUGGAACAGCCGGCUUCUUGUCGAAAAGAUGGUGAGCUUGCUCCCCGCCGAGAGGAACGCCGUCUCCUGCAGCUUCUUUCUCAAGCUUCUCAAGGCAGCCAGCGUCCUGGGCGCCUCUCCCGCGUCCAAGGCAGAGCUCACGAGGAGGGUGGCGCUGCAGCUGGAAGACGCCAGCGUGAGCGACCUCCUGAUACCGUCGUCGUGCGCGGGCGAGACGCUGUACGACGUGGACGCCGUGACGGCCAUCCUUGAAGAGCUGGCGCUGCGGCAAGCGGCGGCGGCGGGGGUCCCGGAGGCAAGCCCGCCGCACGCGCGCGGACACAGGCGGUCGCGGUCCGCCGAGAGCUCGGAGUACGAGGGAGCGCGUCGGUCCGCGUCCGCCCCGGCGUCGCACGGCGCGAUGGUCAGGAUCGGGAGGCUGGUCGAUGGAUUCCUGAUGGAGGUCGCCAAGGAUCCCAACCUGCCCCUGGACAAGCUGAUCGCCAUUGCCGAGGCCGUGCCGGACUGCGCCCGCCCGGAGCACGACCAUCUGUACCGAGCCGUCGACACUUACCUCAGAGUGCACCCGGAGAUAGACAAGGGUUCGAGGAAGAAGCUGUGCAGGGUUCUCAACUGCAGGAAGCUCUCCGAGACGGCGUCUAUGCACGCCGCCCGGAACGAGCUGCUGCCGCUCCGGGUGGUCGUGCAGGUGCUCUUCUUCGAGAACGCACGCGCGGCGGCGCUGUCCGUCCGCGGGGCUAACGGCCGCGCCGCCGCCGGUGGCGUCAAGGCGCUGCUUGCCAAGACAAGGAGGGAGGAGACAGACGGCGAGGAGAAAAGGCUCCGGGGCCUCGCCGUCGCCGGCGCGCCUGGCGACGACGGCAACGACUGGAGCGUGGAGGGGCUGAAGCGCGCGGCGUCGAGGGUGUCGACCCUGAGGAUGAGGCUGGAGGAGGACGCGGACGACGAGGCGUUCGUGCACAGGGCGCGCGCGGGGGCGGGGCUGGUCCGGAGCGCGUCCGCCCGCGUCAGGGCGCUCUGCGCGAUCCCGGCCGGGAAGCCCAGGCGGAUGCUGAGCAGGCUGUGGCCGUCGAGCUCCAGCAGCGCCGUCACUGAGAGGCGUUGAAUUGAAAGACCUGCACGAGAGCAAUGCGGAAUGCGGUGGCAGAUUGAUCGAUCCAGGCACACCAUUCUGGUCGCGAAGGCUGUGCAUGUGUAAAAAAAAAGGAAAAGAGAACGCUGUGUUGGCAGUGUUGCCAUGUUUACGUUUGAUUCCAAAAUUCACUGAAAGGAGUUUGGAU